CGGCACAGCCUUAGAUUGCGGGCGUGAGCGGAAGGGACGGCUCGUGGAGUGUGUGUGUGCAGCUGCAACAAUGUCUCAGGCUGAAUUUGAAAAGGCAGCAGAUGAUAUCAAACAUCUCAAAACUAAACCAUCUGAUGAAAACAUGCUGACUCUCUAUAGCCUGUACAAACAGGCAACUGUUGGAGAUGUGAAUACAGCACGCCCCGGCAUAACGGACUUUAAAGGAAAAGCCAAGUGGGAUGCAUGGGAAAAACAGAAAGGUACAAGCAAAGAGGACGCAAUGAAGAAAUACAUAGACAAAGUACAAGCGUUAAAAGAAACAAUUGGCAUGGAAUAGAAUGUGAACAUUUAAAAAAAUAUACAUUUUAUUUACAAAAGCACUGAUUGAACUAAUUUGUUUCUUCACCAUGCAUAGUUGAGAUAAUAUCUAAAUUAAACUUUUAAUGGCAUUAUGAUUAAUUUUAUACUGUAACAUGGCUGCUCAGAAUAUUUACUAAUAAGGAUUAAAACUAGCUAGAAAACUGGAUUUAUAGUAAACCUUAAAAUAUAACAGUUUUAACUUUUACUAAUUUGUGCUGGCUCGAAGGGCCGAAUGGCCUACUCCUGCACCUAUUGUCUAUUGUUUGUUAUGACUGAAAUACCACUACACCCAAGGUUAUGAGUAAUUGAACUUCAUCCGGUUGCCUCAACAACAAGUAAAGUGCUUUCCCUUCUAAUUCAGAGUGUACAAUGUACUCCGUGCAAUUCCUUUAGCUUUUCGAAGGAGUAACUGAUCACUUUGCCAGCAGCUCUGGGUUCUGAAAACCAGAAGGAAAGCUGUUUAAAAUAAGCUCCAGGUAUAGGUGCGGAUUGCGUGUGAGGGAAUUUUUGUUUCCCUCCUUAUAUCAUGACUACUGAUUUUGCAGGAGACUCUCCUUUCCAGUUCCUUGCAGAAAUUGCAUGUCUCAUAUAAUUUUAGAUUGCAAAGGAUUAAUUUGAUAAUGCUAAACAUCUCUGGGGCAAUCUGAGCCAAUUAAGCAAAUUAGUGAGGAAUUGUAGGUGAAUCAUACUGGAGUUAAUACACAGUGAAAUUAUAACAUACAUAUGUGACAACAAUUUUUGCAUGAGAAAAGAUAAUACAUGUCGCUUAAAAUUAAUCCAUCUUCUAUGAACAAAGGAUUAAGAUCUACGCCUAAUCUUUGAAAUAUUAGGGGGGAAAUUAUCUUGCUGUUGUGCAGUUAGUUCAUGUUCAAGUUCACAUUUAUUGUCACAUGCACCAAUUAAGGGACAGUGAUAUUUGAGCUACCAUACAAGUAAAAAAAGAACACAAUACACAAUUUUAACAUAAACAUCCACCAAAGUGGAAUCAACAUUCCUCACUGAUCAUUCAUUUGCCUUAUUUUUUUAAUGCAUGUAUUGCACUAAUAGUUUAAAGAGGCUGUAUUUCUGAAAGAUGCAGAAUAUCAUGUGAUUUUUUUUUUUGAUUCCCCACAUAAUAUCUUCAAUGAAGUUCAGUUUACAAAUAAUUUUCUCUUAAACUUGUGUUCAGCUGCUUUGUGGUUGAUUAUGAAGUGUUGCUUUUAACGGGUGUUUUCAUUUGUUAUGUUUAAUUUCGCACGUGGGCCCCUUGUACCUAGUGUCUGCAUAUUUGCAUUUUAGUGUUCAUUCUACCACUGCAAAAAGUUGUUUUGCAAAAUUUGGCCGCUACUGUUGGUAAAAUAGAAACUAGAUCCCACUUCCUUCAAGAUUAGAACAAUGGUUUUUGACGUGGGUUCGAUUGAUAUUGGUUACACAUUGUUUCCCAAGCAUUUAAUGCAGACACUAUCUUGGAUCAUUUAUAUGAAUUGGGAAUAGCCAAAACAGCCAAACUAUGUUAGUAUAUUUGUGGUCCAAGUGUAAGAUAUUAAUUGAUUAUCAUGCAUUUAAAUUACAAUAAUGUAAUGUUAGAAUAUUAAAACACAUUCUAUUA